AUGCCGGCUCAGACGGCGUGCCCGAUUUCAGAGGUUGACCGAGCAUUGUCCGCCUAUGUCAAUUCUCGCCAAGAUACACUACGAAUUCGACGUACGCUGUCAAAAUACUUGACAUCUACCCUUCGGCCAGUCAGUGCAUCAACUCAACUCCAGCACCUGAACCACGAAUGUCCCCAGAACCUGUCCGCAGCCAACACAAAUCCUCCUGGCCUGAAAGAUAGUCGUCUUGAAUACCUUCAAGCGCUUCGUGCUCGCGCCAAAGCACAAGCAAAACACAAUGAGCUCCAGGCUUCGCUAGAACAGCUGCGGACUCGUCACGUGGACGACAAUCCCACCCAACCGGAACCCGAGCACGACGACAACGUCACCCAAGGUUAUGUUUUUCUACUGCGGCAACGUCGCCGGCAUGCGGAGCUUCAGGUCAUCCAAGAAUCUCUCGAAAAACUCCUCAGUGCAAAGCCUUCCACGCCCUCCUCAGAUCCUCGAGAUCUAGUCAAACGCGCAAUUGGCGAGCAGCCUGAUGUCCCUGCAGAGCGUCUGGAUAAUCUCUCCCAGACUGAAGACGACCAGGUAUCGAUUUUCAAACUGAAGCAAGAAGUUCUCGAGGCACGAGCAAGCAUGGAGCGAGCUCAAGCCGCAAAAAUAAAAGCACAGGACGCAACACCCAGUGCCCCGUCAGCAACCCUCCAAUCACAAGUCUAUGCUCUCGAACAAGCAAGAAACGAACUUGUAGAUUGGAUUCAGGGGGAACUGGCCAAGCUCGAGGAAGAAAGCAUUUUCCUGGAAGACGCCUCACCCAUCAAGCGUCCAGUCAGGAACGGCGCUUCAGCCGCUGCGCCCGACACGACCAAUUCCGCAAUCGACCGUGCCUCAGCAACAGCAAAGAUCCAAGCUUCCUACGACAAGUACACCGCCGCGCGCGCCAACCUGCUCGAGGCACAUGUCAGUCUCCAAAACCCUGCACCAGCAACAAACUCAGAAGGCGACUCUUCGACAAACGAUAAUAACAACAACAACAACAACAACAACAAUGCCGUCUCUCCACAAACACCAGUAAAUGCAAAUACAGAUUCUGUCGCCUCGAAACCAACAAACCCUAUAUCCAAACUCCUCCCUUACCUCUCUCCCCUCGCACACAUUGCAACCAGCGAGCGCGCACUUACUCAGCGCACGGUCCAUCUGGCCGCACACCUCGCUGCUGCAGACCAAGAGGCACAGGAAGCGCUGGUGCGCCUGUCCGGCGAAAGCCACUUGUUACCCGCUGCUGGGGGUUCCAAGGAGGCUGCAGCAUGGGCUAAGGUGGCAGCUGAGGCCGAUGCUGCUACUGAAGCUCUUGUCAAGGAGCGGUUGGAUGAGAGUGCCAAAGAGGUAGCUGGUGUAGCUAUGAUUGUCGAUUUGUGUUCGUUGCAGAGUCGGGUUUUGGAUACGGUGUGA